AUGCUGCAUUCGUUGAACGCACUCGCCGGCAAGAUAUCGCCGGGCGGCGGCCUUGAUACCAACGCGAACAAGCACUCGCACCCGAACAGGAACCACAAGUCUGCGCCGUCCUCGCCCUACUCGAAGACCAAUGGGAUAAAUAAUAUGAAUAUUAACAACAACAAUUGUACGAGCAUCAACAACAAUAACAAUGACGAAAAAUCAGAGAUGCCGGACCCGGAUUACAUUAAGAUGUUCGUCGGACAAGUGCCUCGCAGUAUGGACGAGAACGACCUAAGGCUGAUGUUUGAGGAAUUCGGAAGGGUGCAUCAGAUAAACGUCCUCAGGGACAAGAUCACGGGCGCCAGCAAAGGAUGCUGUUUUGUGACGUUUUUCACGCGAAAAGCCGCCCUCAAGGCGCAGGACGCAUUGCACAAUAUCAAAACGUUGAGUGGGAUGCACCAUCCCAUCCAGAUGAAGCCAGCUGACAGCGAAAAUAGAAAUGAACGCAAGCUAUUCGUGGGCAUGCUCAACAAGAAGCUGUCUGAGAAUGACGUGAGAGCGCUGUUCGCGGGCCAUGGGGCCAUCGAAGAGUGCACCGUGCUGCGCGAUGCGCAGGGGCAAAGCAAGGGGUGCGCCUUCGUCACGUUCGUGUCGAAGCAGGCGGCGAUUGCUGCUAUCAAGACUCUACACCACAGUCAGACCAUGGAGGGAUGCUCAGCGCCGCUAGUCGUUAAAUUCGCUGAUACCCAAAAAGAGAAGGAACAAAAGAAACUGCAAGCGAUGCAGGCGAGUCUCUGGGGUCUAACCCCGGUGACGCCCACAUAUCAGUUGCCAUCGGAAGCGGCGCUAUCGCCAGCAACGCAAUUGCAACUCUUGCAACAGCUGCAGGCGGUUGGGUUGCAGCAGCAAUUGCUGCAAGGCCAGGGUACGACAUUGCUGCAAGGUGUAAACUACCCAGAUAUCGCUUUCAAUGGCGCAGGACUCAGCGGCGGUGCUGUCAGUGGUGUGGGGAGUAUCGGUGGUUCGGAUCAGCUCGGCGGAUUGUUGGCGCCGGUGUCUGUUCAGAACCUGGCCGCGCUGGCAGCGAUUACUCAGCCCCCCGUGGUGACGCAGGCCGCCCCGAUGGCUCCUGCAACCGCGCAGCAACCGACGGCACCUCAAUUGUGGUCAACAGCCGAACCGCUGAAUUCGGCGUAUGCAGCGCAAUUCGGGACAUUCGCUGCGGCACCGCUCGGUUCAGUGCUGGGCACUGCUGCUGCGGCAGCUGCUGGGAAGCAAGUUGAGGGACCGGAAGGCGGCAACCUGUUCAUCUACCACCUGCCCCAGGAGUUCACGGACACCGACCUGGCGUCGACGUUUCUGCCCUUCGGCCACGUGAUAUCCGCCAAAGUGUUCAUAGACAAGCAGACGAACCUCUCGAAGUGCUUCGGCUUCGUGUCGUACGACAACGCUGCGUCCGCGCAGGCCGCCAUCCAGGCGAUGAACGGUUUCCAGAUAGGCACGAAAAGACUCAAAGUUCAAUUGAAACGCUCCAAAGAACUCUCGAGACCGUACUAG